GUAAAGUCGCUUUACGCUACGCCAGCCCUACAAUGCGACAGCAGCGUUAACCAGCACAGUCGAGGAUAUUGUUUGUGAUUUUUUGUCAGGCAGCGUGACGGACCGCUAUUCUCGGGUCCUGAUCGGAAACCAGGCGGCGGCGGGGCAGCCUUUGUCCCCCAGGACCCGGGUGCAGCGCUGUAAUAUUUCUGUCUAUUCUUAAUAACGUAGACACGGGGAUCUUUCUUAUUCGGGUUGUGCGGUGGGUCGGCAGUAUCCUCGGCAGCUUUAUUUAUCAGGCGGGUAAUAGGCAGCCCAAGGCGGGGUCCUGGUUUCAGGUGGUGUCACAAUAUGGCCGCCUCCUUGAGACUUGGCUGUCAGGGAUUUAUUAGGUCAUUUCUCGGGGGUCUCCGGACUCGUAGCGGAGAAUGCAACCUGAGGGCGUUUCACACAGCCAGGACCCUCAGGGGGGUGCCCGGCGUCCAGAUCUUCAUGCCAGCCCUAUCCCCUACCAUGGAAGAGGGAAACAUCGUUAAGUGGCUGAAAAAAGAAGGGGAGGCUGUGAAUGCGGGAGAUGCCCUGUGUGAAAUCGAAACGGACAAAGCCGUGGUUACCAUGGAAUCCAACGACGAUGGUGUACUGGCAAAAAUUCUGGUGGAAGAGGGUAGUAAGAACGUGCGUCUUGGCUCCCUGAUCGCCCUGCUGGUGGAAGAAGGGAAAGACUGGAAGCAAGUGGACGUACCCAGUGUUAAAGUGUCCCCGACAGCAGUCCCAACAGCCACCCAAAUUACUGAUGUGCCAGCUCCCAAGCCUGUGGCCCCAGCUGUAAAACUUGGGCUGCGCAUGAGUCCUGCAGCUCGACACAUCAUUGACACGCAUGGGCUGGACACCAGUUCCAUCACCCCCACUGGGCAUCGAGGAAUAAUCACAAAAGAGGAUGCUCUAAAAUUCCUAGCACAGAAGAAGGCACCAGGGGAGAAGCCCAUACCAGCCACCCCGACCCCACCUCCAGAGAAGAUACCGACGUCCCCACCUGCAGCGUCUCCAGCACCCGUCUCGGGACGGCCAAGUUUCCCCCCAGUGUCCAUCCCUGGAAAGCCCCAUACAGAGGGCAUGUUUUCUGAAAUACCAGCCAGCAACAUCCGAAAAGUCAUAGCCAAGAGGUUAACAGAAUCUAAAUCCAGCAUCCCACACGCCUACGCCACUACAGACUGCGACUUGGGGGCUGUGCUGCAACUGAGAAAAGAGCUGGCCAAAGAUAAUAUAAAGGUUUCAGUGAAUGACUUUAUCAUCAAAGCCACCGCAGCAGCACUGAAGCAAAUGCCUAAUGUCAAUGUGACCUGGAACGGGGAGGAAGCUACACCACUGGAAAGCAUUGAUAUCUCCAUUGCAGUGGCCACCGACCGUGGACUCAUCACUCCUAUCAUCAAGCAAGCAGCCAGCAAGGGGAUCCAGGAGAUCGCUGCUUCUGCAAAGGUCCUGGCACAGAAAGCCCGAGAUGGGAAACUUUUACCUGAGGAAUAUCAAGGAGGGUCAUUCAGCAUUUCCAAUCUGGGCAUGUUUGGAAUCACCGGGUUCAGCGCAGUAAUCAACCCCCCGCAAUCCUGCAUCCUGGCCGUCGGACGAUCACGAGUCGAGCUGGCCCUGACCGAAGGGGAGGAAGGAAACCCGCAGCUCUGCCAGAAACAAGUCAUGAAUGUCACCCUGUCCAGCGACAGUCGGCUGGUGGAUGAUGAGCUUGCCUCUAAGUUUCUAGAAUGCUUCCGCAAGAACCUGGAGAAUCCCCUUCAUUGCGCCCUGGUGUGACUGAGUGAGCCUUUAUAUUAAAGGGACAGUGUUACUGAAACACAAUAUGCUUUUAAAGGAUAAGUAAACCUUUAAAAUAAGUGAAUGUAAAAUGAAUGAGCAUUUUUGUUACAUCCAUUAUUUAUUUUGUU